UACCUGUUUUGUUCUUCCUUUUUUAACCUCUCCCUCUCCCUUGGGUUUUAAAUAUGACUCUUUAACAAUGGGAAUAAGGGGAAGGGACUAAGGAGAGAAACAAGGAAGAAUUAUUUUUUUAAGUGUUUUUGGAGAUUUCCUUCUUCAUUUUGGUUGUUGUCAGCUAUGGGUGAUAUUUCAUUAGAAGAUGUCAAGAAUGAGAACGUUGAUCUAGAAAGAAUUCCUAUUGAAGAAGUUUUUGAGCAACUAAAAUGUACAAAAGAAGGGUUAACUACGGCAGAAGGAGAAAAAAGACUCCAAAUUUUUGGCCCUAACAAGCUUGAAGAGAAAAAAGAAAGCAAACUUUUGAAGUUUUUGGGGUUUAUGUGGAACCCUCUCUCAUGGGUCAUGGAAUCUGCAGCAAUCAUGGCCAUUGUUUUGGCCAAUGGAGGGGGGAAACCACCAGAUUGGCAAGAUUUUGUUGGUAUCGUUGUCUUGUUGAUCAUUAACUCUACCAUCAGUUUCAUUGAAGAGAACAAUGCUGGAAAUGCAGCUGCGGCCCUCAUGGCUGGUCUUGCCCCCAAAACUAAGGUUUUAAGAGAUGGAAAGUGGAAAGAAGAGGAGGCAGCAAUUCUGGUUCCGGGAGAUGUGAUUAGUGUCAAAUUGGGAGAUAUUAUCCCGGCCGAUGCACGUCUCUUAGAAGGCGAUCCUCUUAAGAUUGAUCAAUCUGCUCUUACAGGUGAAUCUUUGCCUGUCACCAAAUAUCCUGGGGAUGAAGUGUUCUCUGGCUCCACCUGCAAGCAAGGUGAGAUUGAGGCCGUUGUUAUUGCCACUGGUGUGCAUACUUUCUUUGGAAAGGCAGCUCACCUUGUGGACAGCACCAACCAAGUUGGUCAUUUCCAAAAGGUGUUGACAGCCAUCGGAAACUUCUGUAUAUGCUCGAUUGCUGUGGGAAUGAUCAUUGAGAUCUUGGUAAUGUAUCCAAUCCAGCACAGGGCAUACAGAGAGGGAAUUGACAACUUGUUGGUGCUUCUCAUUGGAGGUAUUCCCAUUGCAAUGCCAACAGUUCUGUCAGUAACAAUGGCCAUCGGAUCGCAUCGCCUUUCGCAGCAAGGUGCCAUUACCAAGAGGAUGACAGCAAUUGAAGAGAUGGCUGGGAUGGAUGUUCUGUGCAGUGACAAGACUGGAACUCUCACCCUCAACAAGCUCACAGUAGACAAGUCCUUGAUUGAGGUGUUCGUGCCAGACAUGGACAAAGACACUGUUAUGUUGUUUGCUGCCAGAGCUUCCAGAGUUGAAAAUCAAGAUGCCAUUGAUGCCUGCAUUGUUGGAAUGUUGGGCGACCCUAAAGAGGCAAGAGGAGGAAUAACUGAGGUACAUUUCUUGCCUUUCAAUCCUGUCGACAAACGUACUGCCAUUACCUACAUUGACAGAGAUGGUAAUUGGCACAGAAGCAGCAAGGGUGCUCCUGAACAGAUAAUUGACCUUUGUGAGCUUAAAGGAGAAAUAAGAAAUAAAGCUCAUGACAUUAUUGAUAACUAUGCUAACCGCGGUCUUCGUUCAUUGGCAGUUGGUCGACAGACUGUCAAAGAUAAAAGCAAAGAGAGCGCUGGAGAACCAUGGGAAUUUGUUGGCCUAUUGCCCCUAUUUGAUCCUCCAAGGCAUGACAGUGCAGAAACCAUUCGCCGAGCUCUUGAACUUGGUGUCAAUGUUAAAAUGAUCACUGGUGACCAACUUGCAAUAGGAAAAGAAACUGGUCGAAGGCUCGGCAUGGGCACCAACAUGUAUCCAUCGUCGUCUUUGCUUGGCCAAUGCAAAGAUGAGUCAAUUGCUUCCAUUCCUAUCGAUGAACUCAUUGAGAAGGCUGAUGGAUUUGCAGGAGUCUUCCCUGAACACAAAUACGAGAUUGUCAAGAAACUUCAGGAGAGGAAUCAUAUUUGUGGAAUGACAGGAGAUGGUGUCAACGAUGCUCCUGCUCUCAAGAGAGCCGACAUCGGUAUUGCUGUGGCCGAUGCAACCGAUGCAGCAAGAAGUGCUUCAGACAUUGUCUUGACAGAGCCAGGGCUAAGUGUGAUUGUGAGUGCUGUAUUGACCAGUAGGGCCAUCUUUCAGAGAAUGAAGAACUAUACUAUCUAUGCUGUUUCCAUCACAAUUCGUAUUGUGUUGGGAUUCAUGCUUGUUGCCCUCAUCUGGAAGUUCGAUUUCUCACCUUUUAUGGUCUUAAUCAUUGCCAUCCUAAACGAUGGAACCAUCAUGACCAUUUCAAAGGAUAGGGUCAAGCCAUCACCUGUGCCAGACUCAUGGAAACUCAAAGAAAUUUUUGCAACUGGUGUUGUCCUUGGAACAUACAUGGCCCUCAUGACCGUAUUUUUCUUUUGGCUCGCCAACAAAACCGAAUUCUUCACGAACACAUUUGGUGUAAAGCCACUCAAAGAUCUUGCUGAGAUGAAUUCUGCUCUCUAUCUUCAAGUGAGCAUCAUUAGUCAAGCUCUCAUCUUUGUCACCAGGUCAAGAAGUUGGUCUUUUGUUGAAUGCCCUGGUUUCUUGUUAGUUAUUGCCUUCAUUGUUGCACAGUUGGUUGCCACUUUAAUUGCUGUAUAUUCUGAAUGGGACUUUGCAAGGAUUAAAGGUAUUGGUUGGGGAUGGGCAGGAGCCAUCUGGGUAUUCAGUAUUGUUACUUACUUCCCACUUGAUGUUCUCAAAUUCGGUAUUCGUUACGGUCUUAGUGGCAAGGCUUGGGACAACAUGCUUGAGAAUAAGACGGCGUUCACGACUAAGAAGGAUUACGGAAAAGGCGAAAGAGAGGCACAAUGGGCAAUAGCGCAACGUACAAUGCACGGUCUACAACCACCAGAAACCUUAUUUCAUGAAAAAAGCAAUUAUGAGGAGCUUUCAGAGAUUGCAGAGCAAGCCAAGAAAAGGGCUGAAGUUGCUAGGUUGAGGGAACUUCACACUCUAAAGGGUCAUGUGGAGUCAGUAGUGAAGUUGAAGGGAUUGGACAUUGAGACUAUCCAACAACACUACACUGUUUAAUCUGCAAUAGAGAGGGCAACACAGCUGGCUGACUUUCAACAAAAAUGAAGAAGGAAUAAUUUAAAGGAAAAUAGAGUAACAAAAUUUAUGGGUGGUAAAAUGAGUUAUUCUUAUUCUUCUCUUCUUUCUUUUGUACUUGCAAUUCUUUUUCUCUAGGCAUUGUGGGAGAAAAUGUAAUCUAGAUUGAUGAUCUAAAACAUGGGAAAAAAAAUAAUGUGGAAGA